AUGGGGGGCAAAGGAUCAACACACGAGGAGCAGCGGGAGGUGGAGCGGCGCCUUCAAGUGAGGCGCUUUGACCCCCUGGGGGGCAAAGGAUCAACACAAGAGGAGCAGCGAGAGGUGGAGCGGCGCCUUCAAGUGAGGCGCUUUGACCCCCUGGGGGGCAAAGGAUCAACACAAGAGGAGCAGCGGGAGGUGGAGCGGCGCCUUCAAAGGCGCGGAGGACAGGGGGCGUUGAGGAGAGGAGGCGCGGAGGAGAGGGGGCGUGGAGGAGAGGAGGCGUGGAGGAGAGGGGGCGUGGAGGAGAGGAGGCGUGGAGCAGGGGCGCAGAGGAGGAGAGGAGCAGCAGAGCGUGGUGGAGAUGCAUCGGAGGAGACGGAGGCGAGGAGGCGAGGAGGAGAGGAGGCGAGGAGCAGCGGAGGAGAGGAAAGAGAGGCAAAGGAGAUGGAGAAGAGGAACAAAGAUGCAGCAUUGGAUAGACAUGGAGCUGAGGGCACGGAGGAGAGAAGGCAUGGAGGGAAGAAGGCCAAAGGAGCAGCGGAGCAGAGAACCACACAGCUGCGCUUCCCCCCAACGCUGAGGGGAGAAGGCACAGAGGGGAGAAGGCAUACAAUCACGGAGGAGCAAGCUGCGAGUUGUUACUGCCUCCCUCCCGCGUGCUUCUGCUGGUGCUGUGAAGUGAUGGGACGGCAGCUGCUACCUUCCUCGCUCCUACCUCCCUCCCGCGUGCUGCUGCUGGUGCUGUGA